CUUCAUACAGUGAUCAUUUAAAGACACUGAGGAUAUGAAGCACUCGUCAUCAUCAGUAAAUCUGGACGCUCACUGUGAAGAUAUGAAGGAUGACUGUGCAUGGAUGACAGAUCUGAGAUCAGUAAACAGCCGUUUGCAGCUUUCUGCACCCCGCUGUAAUUUCAGACUCCAACACAAAACAAAAAUCCAUCUCUGCUGACUUCCUGAGGCUCAUCCUGCCUUUGAAAUGUUCAUGUCAGAGUGUAAACACACACACACACACACACACACACACACACACACACACACACACACAGGGGGCGGGCCGCGUCUCGACGGCAGGUAAAGCACUGAGAGCUCACCUGUAACAUCACUCAGGUGUGUGAGGAUACAGAGACAGGAGAGCCGGAUCCUCUUAGGGCUUUCAAAGAGCAGCAGAAGCCGUUUUCCGAGCGUCUAUCAUUGAGACCGGGGAAGAGGAUGAUGCUUCCUCACCUCAGGAAACGCACGCUAAUCCAUCAGUCUUAGACAAACUUCCUUGGGCUUGGCUUUCAUUUAUGAACGAACGACACCAAUAGCAACUCGACACUCUCAACAUGGACGCGUCCCUCCAGGACUCUCACUGCCGUUUGGGCAGGAGCAGUAGGUAUUGUGCGCCCUCUGGUGGUUACCGAGGGAAUGAUGUCCACUCAGAUCCGCUGGGUCGCUCGCUGCCGCUGUUCUUAUACCCGACCCAUGUGGAGCAGCGAGUCUACGACGGCUCGUACUGUGGGGGAGCAUCACUGCUGUCCUACCUGCCGCCGUUCCACGGCAGCUUCGGUGUCUACGAAUGUCCGUUCGAGCCCGCCUUCAUCCAGAAGCGCAAUGAGCGGGAACGCCAGCGAGUGAAAUGCGUGAACCAGGGAUACGCCAAACUACGCGACCACCUUCCCAACGGAACCACGGACAAGCGGCUGAGCAAAGUGGAGACGCUGCGGGCGGCCAUCCGCUACAUCAAGUACCUGCAGGAAUUGGUGGAGAACGCGGGCAGCGGCGAGGAGAACGGAGAAGCGUCACCUCUUUCCAUUUCCGAAUCGUCUUCCGAGGAGUCUGUUGGGAGUUAAAGACGUUCAAAAAACAUUGUAUUCUAACAACUUUUAUCAUGCACCACCUUUGAUUCUGAGUGAUUCUCAUAUAUCAGCAUGUGUUUCGGUUACGCAAAACCACAAUUCUACAAUCUAAUUCAAAAGAGAGAUCAAAGAAAUGUGUCAAUAAAUACAGAAGUUUAAUUAAGUUUGGCCUUCAAUAAACUAAUGAAAUCUUCUGAAAUGAGUUUUGGUGGUUGCUCGUGUGACGUCUACUAUUGAGAGUGUGGUUUCUCAGACUGGGACAUGAGGGCACAGGGGUCACGGCGCCCAAAAAAGCCUUGAAAUCAACACAACACCCUGUUCUGCCUUUGAACUCUGUGUGAUCAUGUAAACUGUGAUUUUAAACUGUUCUUAAAU